AUGUCGUACCACUCCGGAAGCAUAUAUGAACAGUCAACGUCCCCAGGCAUGUCCAACAACGGUAUUGCCGAUGAACACGAGGCACGUGCGCCGCGCGAAAACACAGGAGCCUAUCACGAAAACCAAAGGUCAGAAACAUUCCAUCUCUUCCCCUCGUUCCCCCCAGAGAUCCGCUACAUGAUCUGGCGACAGAGCUCGGACAAGCGCAUGAUUAGCUUCCGCUUCGUGAAAAGAACUGUAAUGGAUCCCCACGUCAACCGCGAGUCACGCAGCCCGACCCUGCUCGCAUACCAAUCGGGGCGAUUCGCGCGCGAGACCCUGCGCGCAUACGGACCGGGGCAAUUCGCGCCCUUGCACGUCUCCCAGCGCGGCUUCUUCUUCAACAUGGACCUCGACAUCCUGGACCUCCCGCGCCACUUCCAGCCGCUCCACUUCCUCGAGCGCGCCGACCUGGCCCAGCUGAGGAAUCUGGCCUGUCCCGAGUUGGCGCCCGUCGGCGACCUGAACGUUCUCAAGAGAUGGAGAACCGAAGAAAAAUAUAUAUCGCUUGGUUUUCCCCUUGCGGUCGAAGAGCAUAAUAAUAAUAAAAACUCGCGCGAAAGACUGCAAAGGAAGUACAUCGCAUCCCUGAAACGCACGAACCCCGAGCGACCGGAGCUGUGGACGGCGCAAUGCCUGCUCGCGGAGAGGUUCCCACAACUGCGCACCAUCUACCUCUACGACAUACGGCUAAGCGAAUGCCGUAAAUCGUGUCUCUGCAGAAUGUGGGAGGACCAUAUUCGACUGCCGUUUGCCCAGUCUCACGUGCUACGGCCCAACGACAACGUUGUCGAGAUCCCGCUCGUGGGCGAUCAGGAGGGGCGCACGAUUUCGCUGUACUACACCAAGAUGCAGUGGAAGAGGUUCCUCACACGGGGCAGGCAUCAGAGCCAGUACGCGGCGAUGAUGAGGAAGAAGUGGGCGUUCCUCGCCCAUUCGCUGGAUGCUGCCCUUGGGGGAGUGCGCAACCUGUCUGGAGCGCCGGAAAUUGGCAGGCAUUAUUGA